AUGACUGGCCGGGCACGAGCUAGAUCAAGAGGCAGAGCACGUGGUCAAGAGACCGCUGCACCUGGAGCGGUAAGAGCAGUUCGAGAGCCUGCACCAGUGGCACCUCCACCUACUGAGUCAGAGUUGGUUGGAAGAGGGAGGCAGAAAGUUGCUCCCAGACCCUUUCCAGCAGAAGCUGAACUACAGAUUUCAGCUGGAUUUCAGCAGGUGAAGCUGGGAGAAAGAGGUGGACGCCGCCGAGAUUUUCACGAUGCAGGGAUUAACACCAGGCAGGCUAUGGAGCAUGUUAAAGAAUCAAAGUCUGGAACAUCUGGUUCUGCCAUUCAGUUGAGGGCAAACUACUUCCGCAUCCUGUCCCGCCCUCAGUGGGUGCUGUAUCAAUACCAUGUGGACUUCAAACCACCAAUGGAGGCUCGUCGCCUGAGAUCUGCUCUCCUCUUUCAGCAUGAGGAAACACUUGGCUCAGCCUGGAGUUUUGAUGGGGCUGUGCUUUUUUUGCCUCACAGGUUGCACGGCAAGGAGACUGUCCUCCACAGCGAGACCAGGCAUGGAGAAAAGGUUCAGAUAACCGUCACCCUUACAAAUGAACUGCCACCCACAUCACCAGCGUGCCUUCAGUUUUACAACAUCAUAUUCAGAAGGAUCUUGAGAAUUCUCAACAUGCAGCAGAUUGGACGCAACUACUACAACCCCAAGGAUCCACUCAACAUCCCACAGCACAAACUGACCAUCUGGCCAGGUUAUACCACCACAAUUUUGCAGUACGAGUCAGCCAUUAUGCUGUGUACUGACGUGAGCCACAAGGUCCUGCGUAGUGAGACAGUCCUUGACUUCAUGGCCAGCCUGAGACCAAAGGUUGGAGAGCAUCGCUUCCCUGAGAUCUGCACCAAGGAGCUUGUUGGACUGAUUGUCCUCACCAAGUACAACAACAAAACCUACAGGGUUGACGAUAUCGCAUGGGAUCACACUCCCAAGAACACAUUCACCAGGGGAGACAAAGACAUUUCCUUCAGGGACUACUACAAGACUCAAUAUAGCCUGGAUAUCAGUGAUGUGAACCAGCCACUGCUGAUCAGCCACGUGAAGAAGGUGGGUCCUGUUGGAGGUCCUCCUCCUGGCCCAGCCAUGCUCAUCCCAGAGCUGUGCUACCUUACAGGCUUGACUGACAAGAUGCGAGCUGACUACAACAUCAUGAAGGACUUGAGCAGCCACACCAGAUUGAGCCCAGAGCAGAGGGAGGGACGCCUCACCAGAUUUGUCACCAACAUACAGAAGGAUAGUGACGCACAGGCAGAGUUGGAUAAGUGGGGACUCAACUUUGAUAAGCAGCUCCUAAGUCUGACAGGCAGAGUCCUCCCAGCUGAGAGGAUUUUCCAGGGACCAAAAUCGUAUGAGUACGACCCCUGGGCAGCUGAUUGGGCCAAGGAGAUGCGUGGAGUGCCAGUGAUCAGCUCUCCUCAGCUGAACAGCUGGCUCAUCUUUUACACCCAUCGUAAUGCCAAUGAAGCCCAGUCCCUCCUGCAGACCCUCAGCAAAGUCUGUGGUCCACUCGGUAUCCGCAUUCAAAGAGCGGUCAUGAUCCAGUAUGAGGACCAUCAGGAGUCUCUCCUCAGAGCCCUGCAGCAAAAUGUUGGAAAACAAACACAGAUGGUGGUGGUAGUCCUCCCCAGUAACCGGAAGGACAAGUACGACACCGUCAAGAAGUUCCUUUGUGUGGAAUGCCCCACUCCCAGCCAGUGUGUGGUUUCCCGUACCCUCAGCCGACCUCAGGCUCUAAUGACUGUGGCUACCAAGAUCGCUCUGCAGAUGGCCUGCAAGAUGGGAGGAGAGCUGUGGAGUGUGGAAGUCCCUCUCAAACAGCUAAUGAUUGUGGGCAUUGACUGCUACCACGACACUCUUGCUGGGAAGAGGUCCAUUGGAGCUCUAGUGGCCAGCCUCAACCAGACCAUGAGCAGGUGGUUCUCAAUGUGUGUGCUGCAGCACAGAGGCCAGGAAAUAAUGGAUGGACUGAAGAAAGCCCUAAGUGCUGCACUGAAAGAAUAUCUGAAGUUCAACAGCUGCCUGCCAUCACGCAUCAUUGUGUACCGAGAUGGAGUGGGAGACGGCCAGCUGCACAGCGUGGUCAACUAUGAGGUUUCACAGAUCAUGGACUCAAUCAAGUCCAUGGGGCAAGACUACAUGCCCAAGCUGAGUGUGGUGGUGGUGAAGAAACGCAUCAUCUCCAGGUUCUUCGCCCUCAACCAUGGCAAGGUGACCAACCCUCCCCCAGGCACCGUCGUUGACACUGAUGUCACUCGCCCAGAGUGGUAUGACUUCUACAUCGUGAGCCAGGCUGUCCGCAGUGGAAGCCUUUCCCCGACCCACUAUAACGUUGUGUACGACACCAGCGGACUGAAGCCUGAUCACAUGCAGCGGCUCACCUACAAGCUGUGCCACAUGUACUACAACUGGCAGGGGAUCAUCCGAGUGCCCGCUCCCUGCCAGUACGCCCACAAGUUGGCUUUCCUUGUGGGUCAGAGCAUCCACAGGGAGCCCAAUAUUCAACUGAACAACCUGCUCUUCUACCUGUAA